GCCAAGUACAACGUAUCCGACACCCUGGUGAGGUUCCUACGCCUGGCAUUCUGCAUUUUGAGGUUCACCUGCUACUACCUCCACCAGCACUAGUACCAUGGGAUCCCCUCCUUCGCCCCCUGCUCCUACCGCCCCGCCUACCCCCGCGCUCUACCUGAGCCCUGGAGCCACCCUUGUAACUUCUGGUGUGGGAGAAAAUGGCUGGGCCACAUUGGGUUGCCAGGACGCCCAACACGAGAUCUCCCGCAUCAUCUUUGCAUCCUACGGGUUGCCUGAUGGAAGUGGGUUGGGAGCUCGCUACGGCUGGUGCUACGCCGGUGGUUCGCAGGGCGUCGUCGAGCGCGCUUGCUUGGGCCAGCAAUCGUGCGGCGUCUCCGCCUCCAACGGUGUGUUUGGCGACCCUUGCGUUGGCACCGGGAAGCGCUUGACAAUCUCUGCCGAAUGCACCCAGAAGCCUAAAUACCAGACGUGGGCCACCGCUGGCGACCACGGGUCGGCGUCUGCGUCGUGCGCCAAUGGCUACGUCAUUGACUCGGACGCUGGCUCGACCUACGGAAAGGGCGACUGCGCCUUCAAGGGCGUUCCGGACGCCAUCAACGCGUUGUGCCAGGGAGUGCAAACAUGCGUCGUGCCAGCCGAACCGACGAUCUUUGGCGCGGACCCGUGCCCUGGCACCGCUCGCUCGUUGAACGUGCAAGUGACUUGCAAGCUAGGCCAGCAAAAGGAGGACCUCACCACCGACAUCAUUCCCGCCAAGUGCGCCAUCUAAUUGUCGUGGGUGCAGGCAGCGGUUACAUUUUGUCCGCCUACCUGUCACAAUCAAUAAUAUUUGUUUUGUAUUGGUUCAUAAAGUCAACCAAUAUAUUAAUAAGCGUCAAUUGAUACUAGUACUACUA